GGCUCAGACCCCAAUCUCGUCUUACUGCGCCCAAUACGGGCCCAACCAGUGGUCCGUGUCGCCGCAAAUCCUCACCUACUCGGUCAAUAUCUCGAGUGCAAGCAUCGGCAACAGCCAGCUGGCCGGUUAGGUGAACAACCUCAAGCAGAUCAACAGUCUGCCAGAAGAUUCAGCCAUCUUCAUCCCCGUCCCGAAUGGCAUCUCUGGAAAAGAUAUUGGCGAGAAUUCGGGAUACCAUGACAUGGCCGAUAUUCCCUGGAUUGUGGCAGGAACUUGGUCCAAUACUAGUCCGCCGCAGCCCUUUCAGCUCAGUGACGCCGAGGAUUGCUACGCCAUGGUAGUCAGUCACGAGAUUGCCGAACUGAUUGUUGACCCGAAAGUUGACCAUGCAAAUCCGGAGGUGUGCGACCCUUGCGACUUGAACUGCCACAACCUCUUCCGCCUCUACUUCGAUGCUGCGAACAACUACCUGGGCUCCAACAACAAUUCUCCCCCGGGCGGUUUUACCUACGCCUACUACAUCUGCGCCAUCGUUAAACCUGAUGGUGCCGGCAAUUGUCCUGCAUCAGGUGCCGACUGCCAGUACCAGCCAUGGGCGCGAUCUCUCCAGUUUAGCAUGGGCAAGUCGUCGUUCUCGAAAGACGACAUCACGAACGCAACCUCAUACCCAACUGCAUUCUGGAUCCAGGUUCAGGGUUUUACGAACGAGAGCCUCAACCUCACCAAGGCCAGCGACCUGCAAAAGGCGCCUAAUCCGCCUAUCACCAUGACCCCAAGCUUCGACGAGUCGCUGAAUGCUCCCAACAACCUGACGGCAGCCCAGAUCAAUACCAUCAAUGGCAACCUGCCCUCGGUCGUCUUCGGGCCGGCGCCGAUUCUGCCCACCGACGCCUCAUUCCAGAGCGACCCUCAAGUCUUCCUCGUUCCCUACACCAUCAACUUUGGUUCUGCGAACGCGGUUAAUGCACUGAAUCCCGACCAAUCUGCGUUUAUCACUAUCGACGCUUCCCUGACUGUUGGCACUGUCACGAUUUCUGCCAGGGCCAACAUCGUCAUUUCUGCAGGAGAAAACCCGCGAUUCGAGAACCUCAACCCGAACAAUCCGACUUCGUUCCCUUCCUGGCUCAGCUUCGACCUUCGUUUCAUCAAGGUUACAGUUCCUUCUACCGCCAACCGCUUCGGGGCCGCUAUGUCGAGCAAUCCCACUGAUGCGCCCGGGUUCAUCGCCUCCGUCAUCCAGAACCUGACCGCCGGCGGUGGGACGGUCGGCGUCGAGUCCUUCGACAACCUGACACAGGACGAAGAGAAGUCCGCGCUCGAGUUCCUCCCCAAGGACAAGAAUGGCAACGCUGUCUUCAACUUCGCAAUUGCUCGGGUCAGGCUACUCGGGAACAUAGCCGGUGCUGUGGCUAAAUCCGUCCGGGUCUUCUUCCGACUGAUGAACGCGCAGACCACAGCAUCCAACUUCAACACCGCCACGGCAUACCGCUUCUACAGCGACGGCGCGCUGAACGGCACCAAGCUGCCCCUUCUCGGCGUGCAGGACGGCGAGUACGUCACGGUGCCAUGCUUCGCUACCCCGCGGAUCAACUUCAACGCGAACACCAACGCCUACGUGCCCGUCAACAUGAGCUCGCAGACCGACCCGCCCAACGUCCACGACAUCAAUGUCAAUCCGGGAACCGAGGUGGACACCUUCUUCGGCUGCUGGCUCGACCUGAACCAGCCGGCGCAGAAGUGGUUGCCGGCUUCCGUGCCGGCUGCCAACAUCGACGGCCCGUUUGGCGGCUCGCUGCUGUCGCUGAGCGAGGCCUUCGUGAAGGCGCCACACCAGUGCCUCAUUGCCGAGAUCCGCUGCGACGACACGCCCAUCCCACCCUGGGCCGACACGUCGAACUCGGACAAGCUCGCGCAGCGGAACAUUGCCUGGAUCGACGGCCCCAAUCCCGGAGAGUUCGACUCGCGUCGUAUGCCGCAUCCCUUUGACGUCCUCGCGUCACCGAUAAACGCGGUCCAGCCGGACGUCCUCGUCAUCUCCUGGGGCAAUACACCACGGGGCAGCGUGGGCGAUUUGUACCUUCCCGGGAUCUCGGCCAGCGACAUUGUUGCCCUCGCCGCGGCGCUAUACGAUCCGUUCGCGGCGCUGUCGGUCGUCGAUGAGCACACGCUGGGGUGUCCCGCCGAGCCCGGCUCUGUGACCUUGGUUCCUCUUCCGCCGGGCUCGGUACGCUUCGCCGGGCUCCUAACGGUCGACCUGCCGGCCGGGAUCAAGGCGGGCCAGCACUACAACAUUUCGAUUCAGCAAACGACUAUGAAGAAGGCGAUGACGGUGCCGCCACCAGAUCCCCCUAAACUUGCCCUGUCCCUAAGUUCAUCAGAAGAAUCGAUCACUUACUACUGGAGGCAGGCGACGGGCGCGUUCCAAAUCUCUAUAGUCGUCAGCCACAAGGAGGCGCUCCUCUUCCCGGAGCAGAGGCUCCUGUCCUGGCUGCGGUGGAAGCUGACGGUUGUCCCCGCCACGAGCCGUUGGUACCCUGUCCUUCAGCGCUACGAGCAGCAGGUGAGCGGACGGGUCAGCGGCUUCGGCGGCGACCCAGGCCAGGUUAAGGGAAGUCCCGAUGGCGACCCGACCGGCUGUGGCUCUGGCGGCCACGGCCACCACGGGUGCCAUUGUCACGACCACUGUGGCAAGGGCCGCGGGGAUCAUUGCAAGUGCAGGACAUUCAUGGGUAAGGUAUGCCGGCUGGCGUUUGACGCGCACGGCGAUCUGGUGGGCUUCGGCCUCCGGCUGUCCCCGCGGCGGUCUAAGCACCAGUGGUGGUGCUUGAAGGAAUCCGAGCACACCGCUGCUGACGACGUCGAGGUCGAGGUCAAGGACGAUGACGAGAAGUGCAAGGAAAUGCACUUUUGCGUUAGGCCCGGGUGCCGGGUUAAGGAGCUGUUAGAAGGCUGCAAGAGCUCGGGGCGCACUCUAAACGUCUGCGUGAACCGUGAUGGCGAGGAAUGCGUUCCAAUUGCGUAUGAAAUUGAGUGAGUUUGAGUGAGUUUGAGUAUUUAAUUUACUGCUUAAUAUGAAUUGUCAAAAAGUUGAUCCUAGCGGACGUGACCGAGGUCGGAAUAGCAUUCACUACCACAAUACAAAGACAAGAAUGUGAAUGUACCCGGGUUUGAAGGAAAUAUGGCACUAGAAACACUAACCAUUUACUCGAUUAUAGAAGAUUAUAUAUAACAAAAUUCUUGGAAUAGUAAGAGCUAGGCGAGAACUGCACGAAAUUCUUUUGUAUAAUAAAACUUCAGCUAGUAAUCUACCUAGGGGGGGGGAGUCAGGCACAACGACCGCUUCACCUUCAGACGCUUCACCCAAUGAGGUAAGUUUAGCCGCUCAAAAGGCCUUCGCACUCGACGAUAAAAGCCGAGCAUCUCACACAAGGGUGCGAGUAAC